UCGGGGGGGGGGUGUCUGCAGCCAGCUCGGUCCCUGCAGCCUUGGGGGGGCAAGGGGGGUGGCCAGUCGGGGCACCAGAGCCGGGCAGGGGCAGGUCCCGGGUCUCCCGUCCGUCCGUCCGUCCGUCACGCGCUGAGCUCUGCGUCCGGUUUCCUGCCCCGCAGACCGUGCGCACGUGCAGGGCAGCGCCAGCCCGGCCCCGCGGGGGAGGCCUGUCCGGGGGGGACGCCACCGCCUGUCCCCAGAGAGGAGCCCCUGCCCCCCCAGGACUCAGAUUCCCCCGAAACCGAGGAGACCUGGGAGCUCUCAGCAGACAAACGCUGCUCGGGCUGGUGCCCCAGGCCAGGCCCUUCCCCAAGAGCAGGUGCUGGGACCCUGAGCAGCGCUGAGCAGAAACCUCCUGGAGCAGAGCCUGUGAAGCUGGAGCUGCAGAGGACUGGCCCAGGGGGACUGGAGGAGAGGGGCUCCCUGACACCUGAGCCGGGCCCAGUGCAGGAGGGGCAGGGCAGGCCUCCAAAGCAUGGGCAGAGCCUGGAGCUCCGGGAGGUGUUUGAGGCUGUGGCAGUGUAUUUCACGCGGGAGGAGUGGGAGCUGCUGGAAGAUGAAGACAAGGUGCUUUACCGAGACCAGAUGCUGAAGAAUUACCAAGCCCUCCUUUCCCUGGGAUAUGAAGGUCCCACACCUGCCCUAAUCUGCAGCAUCCAGCAAGGACAAGUGGAGCUCUCGGUCUGUGAUGAUGAGACCCGUGGGAAAAUCUCCAGAUCAGAGGACCUGCCUCCACCAGGGCCAGAGGUGAUGGGACUAACAGAGUACUCGGAGUGUGCAAAGAGCUUUCCCCGAUCCUCCAACCUGACUCGACACCAGCUCAUCCACACCGGGGAGAGGCCACAUCAGUGCUCAGAGUGUGGGAAGAGGUUCAACCUGUCCUCAUACCUGACCAAACACCAGCUCAUCCACACAGGGGAGAAGCCACAUCAGUGCUUGGAGUGUGGAAAGAGCUUCAGACAGCUCUCUGACCUGGCCCGGCACCAGCUUAUUCACACACAAGAGAAGCCGCAUCGCUGCCCAGAGUGUGGGAAGAGCUUCACCCAGUUCUCUAACCUGACCCAACACCGGCUCACCCACACGGUGGAGAAGCCACAUCAGUGCUCAGAGUGUGGGAAGAGGUUCAGCGUGUCCUCCUACCUGACCAUGCACCAGCGCAUCCACACAGGGGAGAGGCCACAUCAAUGCUUGGAGUGUGGGAAGAGCUUCGCCCGAUCCUCCAACCUGACCCAACACCGCCUCAUCCACAUGGUGGAGAAGCCACAUCGGUGUUUGGAGUGUGGGAAGAGCUUCAACCUGUCCUCUGAUAUGACCAAACACCAGCUGGUCCACAUGCAGGAGAAGCCACAUCAGUGCUCGGAGUGUGGGAAGAGCUUCACCCGACUCUCCAACCUGACCCAACACCGGCUCAUCCAUACUGGGGAGAAGCCACAUCAAUGCUUGGAGUGUGGGAAGAGCUUCACCCGAUCCUCCAACUUGACCAAACACCAGCGCAUCCACCCAAGGGAGAAGCCACAUCAGUGCUCGCAGUGUGGAAAGAGCUUCACACAAUUCCGCCACCUGGCCUGGCAUCAGCUCAGCCACAGGCGAAAAUCCACAUGUGUGCUCACAGUGUGCAAAGAUCUUCCUGCACUGCUCAAAACUGGCCCAGCACCAGUGCAUCCACUUCCAGGAGCAUUCAUAAUACUGCCAGCAGUGCAGGGUUUGGGGACUUCUACCUGCUUAGGACCCACCAGUGUCUGCAUCCAGGCAAAUAUGCCUGUGGACUGCCACAAUAGUUCAACUUUCGUUCGGCCCGUCUAGGUCACAGCAGAACCCACAGUGCGGGAGGUUAAAAGGAAACCCCUCAGGCAGAGGCCAGCCCAGAUGUUGGGGGAAUCUUUGCCUUGGAGCCUGUGCCAGCCCCAUUCUUCUCUGAAAGCAGUCAGUGCUCCCAGGGGCAGAAGAAAUGCCUUCACAACAGGGUGCCCUCCCCAAGACAACUGGAGCUGCAGGAAGGAGGACAUUUAUUACUGGGGAAGCAUUCCCUGCCUUCCCCCACCUUGACCUUGACCUUGCCUUUCCUCUCCACCACAUCAGUCCUCUCCCAGGCCUGCAUAUGCCCAUUGGGUGUGCAAGGUGCUCCCGCUGCCACCCCAUGAACCCAUAUUGGCAGGUUUUGCUUCUCAGCCUCUUGUCAGAACUGCACCUCCAGGCACCAGCUGACCACUCCCAGUCACCCUCCUCUUCAUCCCAUUCUCUGUAACAGAUUCCUUGCUAAUCAAGCCCUGAAACUUAGGCUAUCCCUGUGGCUGGUCUUUAUGCCCCCCAGAGCUGUGAAAUGGGAACAGACCAGGGCCCAGAACCCCUCCCAGAGCUGAUGUCUCUGUGAUUUCCCAACCCCUUCCUUUUCCAGAGGAUUCACCACAGUCCCGUCAUUGUUCCUCACCCUGUGGAGCAGGAGCUGGUCGCACUCGAGGCAUUAUAUCCAUGUCCUGCUGUGCAGCGAGACCCUGCCCUUUUGAAUAAACCUGUGGCAGGGCACGUAGAGUCUCUCUUCUUGGUUAAAUGCGAUAGUAGGGGGAAAGGAGGUGCAGCGUGUGACAGGUCUUGCCUCUUCUGUGCAAGUGUGGAGAAGGUAUUGUCACAACCAAAUUAAGUACUGCCCAUGCCACAAGCAAGAAAUAUAUUAAUCAAAACAGUUUUAGUCUAUACAAGGUAACUAAGGGUUAACUAACAAGAUGAAAAUAACAGGUUUUUUUUUUCUGCGCAUGUCAAAAAAAAAUUUAUUACUGCGCCACUAACAGAGAUAAAAACUUUUGCCUUCUUUGCUUUAUAUAAAUCAUUGUAAGUGGUCGGAAUGACAGGGGAGUGUCUGGGAGUGUUCCUAUGAUAACACCCUAGCGAAGACCACUAUACAACUGGCGAUUCUAAUUAAAUUUAUGAUGUGGCGAAAAACAAUUGGCUAAUAUACAAAUAAAACCCAUCUUCACUUCCGUGAAGAAGGGGGACCUCCGUACGAACCUUGGAGACCUCUGAUCACACGUAUCAGAGUAACUGACAACUUGAUCACUUGCCAGUGCCCCCCUCGCGUCUCGACCCAAUCUUAAGACGUAACUCACCGACCUGCCGGCCCGAUUUUUUUUUCUGUUUAUCUGCCCGACGAAAGACUUUCAUGCAGACCGACCUUCGAACCUUAAGCUGUAACUAACCAAAUAUCUCUGACCUCCGUCUUUCACCACCUUAACGGCAUGAGUAAAUAAUCUUGCUUUGCAA